GCGGAAGUCCCGGAUUGAGGCGCCGCCAUUUUUGCUGCCCGGACACGGAGCGAGAGGCUGAGAGAGUCGGAGACGCUAUCCGCUUCCAUCCGUCGCGCAGACCCUGCCGGAGCCGCUGCCGCUAUGGAUGAUCGGGAGGAUCUGGUGUACCAGGCGAAGCUGGCCGAGCAGGCUGAGCGAUACGACGAAAUGGUGGAAUCAAUGAAGAAAGUAGCAGGGAUGGAUGUGGAGUUGACAGUUGAAGAAAGAAACCUCCUAUCUGUUGCAUAUAAAAAUGUGAUUGGAGCUAGAAGAGCUUCCUGGAGAAUAAUCAGCAGCAUUGAACAGAAAGAAGAAAACAAGGGAGGAGAAGACAAACUAAAAAUGAUUCGGGAAUAUCGGCAAAUGGUUGAGACUGAGCUAAAGUUAAUCUGUUGUGACAUUCUGGAUGUACUGGACAAACACCUCAUUCCAGCAGCUAACACUGGCGAGUCCAAGGUUUUCUAUUAUAAAAUGAAAGGGGACUACCACAGGUAUCUGGCUGAAUUUGCCACGGGAAAUGACAGGAAGGAGGCUGCAGAGAACAGCCUAGUGGCUUAUAAAGCUGCUAGUGAUAUUGCAAUGACAGAACUUCCACCAACGCAUCCAAUUCGCUUAGGUCUUGCUCUCAACUUUUCCGUAUUCUACUAUGAAAUUCUUAAUUCCCCCGACCGUGCCUGCAGGUUGGCAAAAGCAGCUUUUGAUGAUGCAAUUGCAGAACUGGAUACGCUGAGUGAAGAAAGCUAUAAGGACUCUACACUUAUCAUGCAGUUGUUACGUGAUAAUCUGACACUAUGGACUUCAGACAUGCAGGGUGAUGAUUCCUAAAGGAUAAUCCAACUCUUCCUUUCCUAAAAACUCUACUUUGUGAAGAGCAGAAUAAAGAAGCGCUGCAGGAUGUGGAAGAUGAAAAUCAGUGAGACAUAAAAGCCAACAAGAGAAACCAUCUCUGACUACCCCAUUCCUUCCCAUCCCACUCCCAUUGGAAAUUCCCCCAUUGUCACUGAGAACCACCAAAUCUGACUUUUACAUUUGGUCUCAGAAUUUAGGUUCCUGCCCUGUUGGUUUUUUUUUUUUUUUUUUUUUUUUUUUUAAUUUUAAAAAAGUUUUCAAAAGUUCUUAAAGGCAAGAGUGAAUUUCUGUGGAUUUUACUGGUCCCAGCUUUUUUAGGUUCUUUAAGACACUAACAGGACUGCAUAGAGGCUUUUUCAGCAUUACUGUAUUGUCUCCUGCCAGAUGUGGCAAGAUCACCAUUAGAAAUGGAAAUUACAUUCAAAAUCCAUUAGACUUCUAGGUGAUGCAAGCAUCUAAGAGAGAGGUUAAUCACACUAUAGAGGCAUUGUGGUAUCAUUUUUCCUUUUUCUAAUUGUUUAAACUGAAUUUUAUACCAAUGUUUAAAAUUAAUUGGGUGUUAGCUUGAAGUGGUUAAAGAUUGGAGAGUUGUAAUGGAUUUGCUGUAAAGUGUUUUCAAACUCUGCUGAAAUGUUGCUGAAAAGCAUGGUGCUGGUAACAGUUCAACAAUCCGUGGCUGCUCAUUCUUGCCUACGUAUACUCUCCCUCUAAAGCAGGUUAGCAUUGAAGGUGGUAUGGAAAAGCCUGCAUGCGUGUUCAAUUCUUUGUUUCUUCUCCUUCCCUUUCCCUUUGGCCCCCGGCCCCCCUUCGCUCGCUCAACCUCUUUUGUUCAGUAUGUGUAACUUGAAGCUAAUUUGUACUACUGGAUAUCUGACUGGAGCCACAGAUACAGAAUCUGUAUUGUUCUUACUGAAACACAGCAUGGAAUUAACAUUAAACUUAAAUAAAACAAACCUAAAUUAAAAAUGCCAAA